AUGACCCAGUCUCUCCAUGAUAGGAGAUCGAAGGUUCUUAAAAGGCUCGAGUUCACACUUGAAAACACACACUCCAUCAUCUGUGAUGUAAACAAUAGACUGGAAAGAAUGAUCAGCAGCUCCAGGGUUCUCGAAAGAGUUGCAGACACCUAUGAAAUCUGGUCCAGGAAAAAUGCCUCAUGA